GCCAGCUGUUUUCACCAAACGAUUUUCCAAUUUUGCCCUCGUCACUGUCAGCAACCUUUUUGACCAAUCUACCCGCUAUCGGACCUCAACGAAUUAGCUCUUAAACUCCCAGCGCCCCUCCCAAACCGGUCCUGUCUCUCUCCGAAUACACCACUCUCUGCUACAGUCACCGAAUCAAGUAGCCAUGAGUGGACUCAGAAGAAUCGAGCUCAUUGAGCCAUAUCCAUCUUUCUUCGUCAGAGAAUCCUCCAUUUUCGCCCCCAAAACCCUACCUCUCCCAUCUCUCUUCGUCGAGGAACCCGAAGAUCACUGCUUAGCUCUCGAUCUCUUGGACCAUUGGCCCUCCCUUAACCCAACUCCAUUCGACGUCUUGGACACAGUGACAGAUCUGAUUCAGAUCGAGAGAACGUCGCCGUUUUGCUCUUCCUACAGGAGGCUUGAGCAGCGACUCGGAAGACUCGGGACCGAUUUCUACCUGCGAAACCUCUCCGACCGAGUCUCCGCGCUCGAACUUAGCUUCGAUCGCCUGGUCGGCGCUUGGACCGGCAGCGAGGACCGGAAGUACACGUGGGAGGCGGAGAUCAAGAGCCCGGAGAAGCACGGGUUCGAUCGGAAGUACAAAUGGACGGCGGAGAUCAAAGGAGGGAAGAAUCAGAGGAAGAAACCGGUGGUGGAGGUGGAGGAGGAGGAGAAGGACGAGGAGGAGGAGUACGGUCGUCGGCUACUAAAGAACUAUAAGCAGACAAGGGAGAUCAAGGGAGGGAAGAAUCAGAAGAAACAGACUGUGAAGGUGGAACAGGACGGUGGGCUCGUGAAGAACUAUAAAUGGACGGCCGAGAUCAAAGGUGAGGACGGGGGGAUUCCGAUACGUCGGACGUACACGUUCAAGGCAUCGAAGGAUGGUGCAUAUGAGUGCAGCGGAUCGGGAAAGAAGGAGAAGAAGGACAAGAAGGGGAAAAAGAGGGAAGAGCAUGACACGCAUGUGGUGGAGAUUGAAGAACCUGUUCAUCACGGGGCUGUCGUCUUAAGGGAGGCAUUUGCUAAGAGAGUUGGAGCUGAUAGGAAGUGCAAGGGUAAGAAGAAGGAGCUCUCGCCCCUGGAUGCAGCAUUAAUGAUCCAGGUGAGCUUCAGAGCUUAUCUAAUUCGUAGGUCUCAAGCACUUCGUGCUCUUCGAGAGCUGGCAAUUGCCAAGACUAAGCUGAAGGAGAUCAGGGCAUUGUUCAACAACUUCUCAUACCGCAGUCGUGUAGCACAUGAUGCAGUGGAGCGCCAGAGGUUUUCUGAAAAGAUCAUUGUCCUGCUACUCACUGUUGAUGCUAUUGAGGGGGCUGAUAUGAUGGUGCGAUCUGCAAAAAGGUCAAUGGUGGAUGAGCUGGAAGCAAUGCUUGAUGUGGUGGAUCCCCAACCUCUCGGGAAAUCCCUGUCUAUGAAACGAAGGAUGUUUGAUAUGCCUAACGGCACCUUUCAGAAGGAUAUUGCAGCUGGUGUGGCUAAGGUUGUCCAAAUCAUUGAUGAAGAAGAGAAGGCUGCCAGGACUUUUGAGGCAUGCGUGUAAAGACAGUGAUGCAGCUAAUGACCUCCGUUUCAGGUUUUCAUCCAUGUUGUUGUGCUGUGUUAAUUUGGAAGAUGUAGUUUGAAUCAUUUCUCCUCUCGAAUGGGACAUGGAGGAGAUUCAACAGACUUGUAAAGUUGGUUUACUUCUGCCAUGGCGACAGAAAUUUUCUGUGGUUGAACUUAUCCACUAAUUGCCUUCCAGGUUUGGAGAGUGCUGUUCUUUGUUGUGCUGAGCUGUCUGUACCAUCUAAACCGAGUAUGUUAUUUAUUAUGAAAAAAUUCCCAUUUUGGUUUAAA